UCAUUGUAGAGAUUAGACAGACAUGGCCUCAACAUUUGUGAACUGGGCGAAGUCCCCUGCUGCUCGACAAUAUUUUUUCAGUACGCAUUUCUGGGGGCCGAUUGCAAACUGGGGUCUUCCUCUUGCCGCUCUAGCGGAUAUUGCGAACAAAGAUGAGGAAACAAUUUCUGGUGUGAUGAGUCCUACUUUGGCCGUCUAUUCCUUGAUCUUUAUGCGAUUCGCAUGGCGCGUUCAACCUCGAAAUUAUCUUCUUUUCGCCUGUCACGCCACCAAUGCCGCUGCCCAACUUACUCAAGAAGCACGAUUUCUCAACUACUGGUAUUUCGGCGGCAAGGAAAAGAAGCAUCCUGUGGGUGCCAAGGUGGAUGAUGUAAAAGAAAAAGUACAGGAAGGUGUUGAAAAAGUUAAGGCUUGAUAAGGAUGAUCUAUGUAUAUGGAGAUAGACUGCUUGGCCUUCGACAGCGAGGACGCAAUAUGUACAUUUAACAAGAGGCACAUCAAAAUAAUACUGAGUGAAGGUCUAUUUAAGUGAGGUUUGAGCGCCGCGUAGUGAUAGACAUCGAGGCCCUUGUAGCGUAACUUUGUUCUAGGAUCUGUAUAAGACGCAUGGAGACCGGUGAUGUCG